AUGGGUGGUUGGGAGAGAAGACAAAGUAGCUCAAGUAGGAACAACUCUGCAGUGAAACCUUAUAGCAGCAAAGAAAUGCGUAAUAAGGGAGGGAAGAACGCUGUUUUCUGCAGCUGCAAGCUUCAGAUAAUGAUGAAGUACUCAAUGACAGCUGAGAAUCCUGGUAGACCAUUUUAUGGUUGUCCAAACUAUGAGUAUGGAAUUCAUUGUAAUUUCUUCCGCUGGACUGAUAGAUGUGAAGAACCAGGCUGUGCGAUAGACGUAACCGCUGCCGGCGGGGGAGAAACCCGGUUCUGCGCUACUUCCCGUGUCGAUUUAGGUAUGAAAAUGGAUUCGCAGUCGCAUUUCACUGUUGGAGAAGAUGACUCGGGCAGUCUUAGUGAGGAGGAGUAUUUCCGCGUGUCUUCUCCGAUUGGGGAUGACGAGGAUGAAUCCUUUCACAGUGACUCCGAGACGGCCGAAACGGGUGAGGAAACCCAUGGGAACGGGGUCGGGCCAGGGCAGGAGACAUGUGAACCUGAUGCUCCCGGUUUUAGGUCGACGGACGAUUUCUUAGACAAAGUGUUCAGUACCGAGGAAGAUGCUUACGCGGCAUACAAACAGUUUGCCAGACUCAGGGGGUUCGGUGUAAGGAAGGGUGACGUGGCCCGAAUGAAUGGUCUUUUGGUUUGGAAAGUCCGGAGAAUAGACGACAACCAUAACCACCCUCUUGCUACAACUAUGUUUCGACAUCUUCUUCCGAGUCAUCGCAAUCUGAGUGACAGUGACAAAGCUCAAGUGGAUAGUCUAAAAAAGUUUGGCAUUGCGACGUCCAAGAUAAUGGCGUACAUGGCCGGGCAGUCAGGGGGUUACGGGAUGCUUUGGUUUACUAAGAGGGAUCUGUACAAUUACGUUCAUAGCCAAAGAAUAGCACAAAUUAACAAUGGAGACGCGGCAGCGGCAAUAAGUUAUUUGGAAGGCAAGGCCAACGCGGACAUGAUGACUGUCGCCAGAUAUACCAAAACAACAGAGAAUCAACUUGGUAGCCUAUUUUGGGCGGAUGGGCAGAUGAUGGCGGACUACCAGUUGUUCGGUGACGUCCUUGCAUUUGAUGCAACAUACAGGUCCAACAAGUACAAGAAGCCUCUGGUGGUGUUCUCCGGAUCAAAUCAUCACAAGCAGACAGCAAUUUUCGGCUUUGCAUUGCUAGAGGACGAGGAGGUCCGUACAUAUAAAUGGGUGUCGUUGAAUAUUCUUGAUGUCAUGGAAAACAAGAAGCCUUCCGUUGUGGUCACUGACGGGGAUAAAGCCAUGCGGGCAGCGAUCGCCGAUGUGCUUCCCUUAGCCAGGCAUCGCCUAUGCGGGUGGCAUUUGGAAAAAAUUUGUGUCUUACGGGUCAAGGAGCCUGAAUUUCGGAAGGUGUUCAAGAAGGCAGUUUAUGCAAACCUCGAUGUUACCGAGUUCGAGGAGUACUGGAGCACGGCGGUGGAAAGUUUAGGCCUAAUGAACAACAGCUGGGUCAAAAGCACCUACGAAUUAAGGCAUAGCUGGGCAACGGCAUAUCUACGGGGCACCUUUUGCGUGGGUUACAGGACAACUUCCAGGUGUGAGGGCAUAAAUGCAUUCAUCAAAGGGUUCCUGAAGUCCACAAACAGCCUUCUUGAAUUGGUUCAGAGCCUGGAUAGGGUGGUAAAGGAUUAUCGCAACAAUGAGGUCACAACUCAAUUCUAUUCAUCGUACUACACGCCCGUACUGACCACAGGUCUUGAUAACAUCGAGCUGUUUGCUGCAAAAACAUACACCAGGGCAGUCUUCAAGGAGGUUAGGAAACAGAUAAAGGGGGUUGGGAGUUUACUGUUUCUGGGGAAAGACAGCAUUAGCACAACCUCUGUCUACAAGUUCUCUAGCGUGGGGAACCGUCGUAAGGUUCGCAAGGUGCUUUACGAUCCAAGCGAACCGAAGAUUGAAUGUGAUUGCAUGCUGUGGAACAGUGAAGGGAUUCCUUGCUGCCAUAUAUUUUGCGUGAUGAAGUAUGAGGGUUGGGACGAAAUCCCACCUGGUUUGGUAGUCAGGCGUUGGUGUAAGGAUGCAAAGGAAUGGACAGCAUCCAAAACAUGUGAUCUAUCGGGCAACAGCAAUUGUUUAUUGAGGUACGGCGCGCUGUGCAGUGCAAUGAGUGUCGUGGCGAAACUAGCUUCCGACGAUGCAGCUGACUUCUUAGUGAGGGAUGCACUAACAUCUUUGGCCCGGAGGCUUCAGGUGCGUAGGGGCAAUACCGUAGACCACGAGGCCAGGGAGAGGCAACAGGACGUGGUAAAGGAUCCGCCGGUCGCCCGGACUAAAGGGGCCCCAAAACGCGGUAGGGAGGCUGGUUCCUCGACAAAUGCAGAACUUGGGGGAGUAGGCGUUGCUGCACUUCUUGUGGGCAUCCCGGGCACACGAAGAGGACGUGCAUUUCUCAAAGGGAGAUGA